GAUCUUCCCCGAAUUUUUCACUUCGGACGGUAGCGAAUGCUGAUUGCUGAGUCUCUUGUUCCAGGGAAUCUGAAAGCUGGGACGCACACCACUCACGCCAGGCAGGGAUUUUUCCCAACCCUAGUCCUACUGUACAGUUUUUUUUCUUGUUACAGUCCCAACUGACUGACUCGUCGCGAUUAAACCCUCUAUUGGUCCCCGUUUAGUCCUCUCCCCGCUUGUUCGCAUCCGCUGGCCGAAUCACGCCAACCGCGUAAUCAUUCGUCUGAUGAGUUUUUACUUGUGAAGUGUUUUUUUUCUCGACUUAUUGUCAGUCGCCUUCGAGUCCGCAUGGCUCAACAACCGACGCUAAUCUCGCCGCCCCUGGCGUCCCGACCCGGCGGCCAUAUUCACUACCUCUACGGCAUGCACCCUCCUAGUCCUGCUCCCGACGCCUUCGCUCUCGCACGAGGCAUCAGCGGCUCUGAUAUACCUAGUCUCGAUGACGACGGGACAGCCGUCGAUUCUGUCACGUCCAGUGGCAGCGGUGGCGGCGCCGCUCCCGCUGGCUACUACUCCCCGAGCCUGGCUUCGUCCGCCUCGGGGGAGAAGGUCGGCGGCGAUCGACUGCCACGUCAGACGCACAGCACCGGCAGCCUUGCGGCGGCGAAUCGGGCGAAGAAAUCCGUGUCGGGCUCGCGCGCAGAGUCCUUCCAGGCGUCCAAUCCGUCCACGCCCGAGGUUCUUAUAGCGAAUCGCUCGCGAGGGCCGUCGCCAUCGAUACGGCGCGCGGAGGCAACGGCAGCCGCUCUCCGCAGCGGCGAUGCCGAGCUGACGGGGCUCGACUCAGGGCAGCUGCUUCCGCUGCCGCCGCCGCCGCUUCCGCAGCAGGAGGUGCAAGUCAAGGAGCAGCAGCAGCAACAGCCGCAGCAGCAGCAGAAGCCGCAGCAGAGAGCGCGAAGGGCGGCUCCGAAAAGUCGCGUCGCGUACUCCGAGCCACUCGUGGCGCCUCAAUCCCGCGUCGCUUCAGAAAAGGACGCGCUUAAGGGCUCGUCGCCUGCGGCGCAUGCCACUUUCGACGCCGCAUGUGGCGGCAGCAGAAGGGGCUAUAGCACCGGCCACCGUACUCCUUCCCCCCUUCCCAAUCCCGUUUCCGCUUCGUCCUCCGCCUCUGCCGCAAUCCCGCCCUCCCCGUCUUCUGUUCCCCAGAUUACGCCCGCACCCGAGCCCUCGCCGUCCCCCCUGGCGCUGCAGUUCGUGCGCCAGUCGCGCGCCAUGAUGCUUCUCUUGGACCGCCAGUCCGCGGAAGUGCUCGCCGCCAGUCGCGCAGCGCUGGCGGCGCUAGGACAGGCGGAGGACGGGGAGAGCGCUCAGGGUCAGGCGCAAGGCGCGGGCGUGAGCGCGGGCGCGGACGCGGGCGGGCGGAAGAUGUUAUUUGAUUUGACGGGCGAUGUGAGCGCGGAGCAGUGGCAGCGCGUCGUGCGCGACGCGGUGGCCUCUGGCGGAGGCGCGGCGGUGCUGCGGUUCAACGUGCGCGACUCGGGGACGGGCGGGCACCUGGAGGGGCGGCAGGUGGACCUCAUGCUGCAGCCGUGCCAGUUCGCGCUCGACGCGCGCUCGCUCGUCGGCACCUUCGCCAUCGUCAACCGCCCCUCUCCGCUCCACACCACAACCACCACAGGCGGCGAUAGCAUUGCUGACGUGGACGAACGCCCUGCGACUGCUCGCAGCAGCAGCAGCAGCACGAGCACGAGCGAGUCGCCAGGGAAUAAAGGCGGCUCGCGUCGCUUUAUGCACAAGCUCGCGUCGCUCUUCGGAUUUCUCGACGAACCCUCCCCGCGCCAGCCGCUCUUCUCCGCCGAUCCGCUCACCCCCAGCCCGCACUCCUGCGCCACCGCGGGCGCCACCGUCCCCACUCCGCGAGGGGCUUUUUCCCCCGCUGCUCCCCCCCGCGCGUCUCCGACCCCCACAUCCGCCGCUGGCGCGGCAUUCCCCGCGCCAGGGUCCGCCGUCCCGCCAAUGUCCAUCCUGCGCAAAGUCUCCACCUUUCACGCCCUUAGCCGCGCGCCCACCUCCCCCUCGGCCGCCUCACUCGACGCAGCAGCGGCCAGCGGCGGCGGCGACUGUGCAGAAGGAGCAGGAAGCGGCAGGAGGGCGCUUCCGGACGGACUUCCCCCUGGGGGCAGCGGGCGGAUGUCCGGCGCGCGGCGGUUGCUGCGCGGGCACGGAAAGAGCGGGUCCGCGCAGGAGCGGCGCACGACGACGUCCGGUCCGCUGCUCACGGCCGCGGCGACGCUGUCGCCGGUGCGAGGGGGAAGCGACGGCAAGGCGCGGGCGGAGUUUCUGCGCGCGCGAGGCGGAGACGUGGUGCACCUGCAGCAGCGCUGGGGCAGCGGAUUGGACUCCCCUGGCGCCGCUGCUGGCGGAUUAACGGCGGCGGGGAGGAUCAGCGGAGGGGGCGCCGCCAUCAUCAGCGGCGGCGGCGGCGGCAGCAGCAGGGUGGCCGGGAGCAACAGCAUGGGCCGCAGCAGCAGCAGCAGCAGCGGCGGCGGCGGCGGCGGCGGGACCCUGAUACCUGGCUCGGCGCUGGGGUCGAGCUCCGCCGUUCCCGCUUACGCGGUGAACAGGCGCGCGUUCUCCACGAACGCGCAAGGGCUGAGAGCGGCGGCUACCAGGAAGAUGCAGCGGCAGCAGAUGCGACGAGGAGACGGGGCGGGCGGGGAUGGCAUCGGCGCGCUUGCUUCUCACGCGAAAGGGUAUGACGCUGCUGCCGACCUGCCCACGCCUCCGCCUGCUGCUCGCUCUCUCACGCCUGCCUCACCCGCCGCCGCCGCCGCCGCUGUCGCUUCGGCUGCUGCGGGCGGCGCGGUGAGCGCGAGCGCGCACCCGCUGCUGGCGGGAUCGUCCGGGUCGGGGAGGCGGAACGACCUGUGGGUGAUCAUCCCGUCGCCCAAGGGCGACCGCGAGCGGUGGUGCGGGCACUGGCGGCGGCGCUGGCGGUGGUGGCGGUGGUGGAACGAGCGGCUUUUCUGGCGGGGGCAUGGGGAGCAGCGAUGGGGGGGGGAGAGCGACGAUGGGAGCUGCAGCAGCGCCUCUGCUGCUGCUGCUUCUGCUGCUGCUGCUGCAUCUGUUGUUCUAGUAUCCAAGGCAGCAAUAGGCAGCAGCACACCGACUCCCUCGCCACCCAGCCGUCUUUCCUCCUCCGCGUCCUCCUCCGCCGCGCACUCCCCCAUGUCCGCCGCCUCUGCGGCGUCAUCAGCGCCCAGUCGUCCCGGGUCAGGCAAGUCAACGGGGCUGCGGGAACGGCGCGGGCUGGCCGGCAGACUCGGCACUCUGGCGGUCAAGGGCGAGAGGCCAGACUCCCAGCAGCAGCAGCAGCAGCAGCAGCAGCAGCAGCAGCAGCAGAAGCAGCAGCAGCAGCGGCGGCGGCUGCGGCAGCAGGAGGGGGAAGCGGGGGGGAGUUGCAGCAGCACCCCAGGAGCGCGUGUAGCGUGGAGGUCGGCGUCAGACGCCACUGGUACCAGCGUCACCCCGGGGCGCCUGGCGUUCCUCAGUGUGGGCUCCAAGGCUCCCCCCCAUGCGCUGGGAGGCGCAUGUGGGGGACGAGGGGGAGGGGGAGGCGCAGCAGGGGGCCCUCGAGGCCCCGUGCACUCGCCUCUGGGGCGAGCCCUGUCGCCAGCGCAGUCUGUGCGCCUCUCUCCCCAUCCUGUCGCCUUCACCGCUGCGGCUGCUGCUGAUGCUGCUGCUGCGGCUGCUGCUGCGGCUGCUCCUGGUGCUGGGCCUGCUGGUGGCAGUUUGACCCCUGCUGGUUGGCGCAGUCUGCUGCACCGGUUCCGGGGCAAGGAGGAGGAGGAGGACGGGCUCGGCAGCACGGCCAAUGGCCCCAUCCCGGGCGUACCAUCACACUUGCACAGCCACUCCCUCACUGCUGCCUUUGAUGCUGCGGAUGGCGGUGGUGCUGGGGGGCGGCUUGGUCAUAGCAGGCGGUCCAGGAGCUACGGAGGGGGUCUGUUCACGCCUCGGCUGGUGCGCAAGAGCAAGAGCAGGAGCCUGUUCUUCACAGUGGGCGGGGGGGGGAGCACUGGGAGCCAUGCGGGGGUGGGAGGGGAGGACGACUGGUGGGGCGACGACAACGAGAGCAUGACGCUGGGGUCUCCUGCCAUUCAUGUCGCUGACGUUACCGCUGCUGCUGAAGCUGCUAGUGCCGAUGCUGACGGUGGUAGAAAAGAGCCGGACUCGUUGCUGGGCGCCAUGGGCUCGUCAGCCAUUGCCGCCGACGCAGCAGCAGCAGCAGCAGCAGCAGCAGCAGCCGCGGGCACGGCGUGCUUCACGGGCGGCGACCCUCCUUCGGUCUCCUCCCCUCUCGCCCCUCUGGAAUCUACUUACGGACAUUCAUCUGGUGCUGCUGCUGCUGCUGCUGCCACAUCCAGGCCUGGCAGUGGGUUCGGUAGCAGUGUGAGCGUGGGCAGCGGCAUGGGGAGCAGUGGGAGUGGCGGCAGGGGCAGGCGCAUGGUGAGCAGCCGGAGCAUUGGCAGCGCAGGUGGCGCGGGAGGGAACCGAUUCACCAGCACCUGGAGCGUUGGCGGCUUGCUCACUGCUGCUGCGGCGGCUGGCGGUGCUGCUGGUGCUGUUGCCGAUGGAGCGACUAGUCAGAACGUGACACGUGGCGACGCAGGGCAUGGGGACGCGGGUUUGGUUGCGACCGACGCAGCAGCAGCAGCAGCAGCAGCAGGAGGAGGAGGAGGGAGUGGCAGGAACGGCAGUAGGGCGUCGAUUUCGACCUCUACCUCGAGCUCUACAUCUAGUUCUAGCUCUAGGAGCAAGCGGUGGGCAGCAGCGCUCGCCACGGUGUCGCCCCGCCCACAGCAACAGCAGCAACAGCAACAGCCACAGGACAUGCGUCAAAUGCCGCACCAGAAGGAGGAGGCGGAGGGGGAGGAGGAGGAGAUGGUGGAGACGGAGGGUGGUGGUGCGUUAGGCUGCCGGGGCGUUGUCGCUAAGAACGACAGGAUGCAGCGUGGAGGGCGAUGGCCGUAUGUUGCGCGGGUAGAGGAGGCGAAGGGCGGGGAGGAGGGGGAGGGCGAGCGGGAGGCGAUAGAGCAGCAGCUGCGGUCGCUGGACGACGAGAUGGCCGCCAUGCAGCAGCAGAUCCUCGCGCUGCUCAUCGUGGGCGCAGAGGGUCAGGGGGAGGCGGAGGCGGAGGCGGAGGGGGAGGUGGUUUGGGCGGCGGAGGGGGAUGGGGAGGCGGAGUUGUGCGGCGCAGAGUGUGCAAGAGAAGGGGCGAGAGCAAGCGGAGAAGGCGGGGCGGACGAAGUGGGAGGUGACGGUGGUGGGGGGGAAGGUGGUGGUGGUGACAGGGGGGGAUGUGGGGAGGCGUGCAGAGAGGAGCAGCAGGAGGAAGUGGGGGGGCAGCAAGGGGAAGCAGUGGCACAGGCACAGGCACAGGCACAGGCACAGGCACAGGCGCAGGCGGCUCAGGUGGUGGCUAGUAAUGAAGUGAAGGGAGACGGGGAAAUGGGAGAUGGGGAGGCAGCAGGGGAGAAUGCAGGGGGAGAGGGACAUGCGGAUGUGGAAGGGAAGGUGACCAGUGGCCUGUUGGAGUCUCCGCGCUGCAGCCAUUGCCACACGCCCAGGCACGCUUGCGUUAGUUUCUCGCUGGACCGUGCGGGCGUGGGGUACGCAGUGGUGGCAGCAGGCAGUGGCGACAUCAUCACAUGCAACAACGCCUUCCUCUCCCUCCUCCACCUUAACUCGCCCACCCCUCACUCCGCCACCACCACUGACACGCAAGCAGCCUUUGGUGCAAGAGCAGCAGCAGCAGCAGCGGCGGCAAUGGCAGGGUGUGGUGGCUCCCUGGGUUGGAGCGUUGUGAAUGCCGUUUCUGCGGAGUCAAAGGCAGAGCUCAUGGUUUGGCUAGCCGCCUCUCGCCACCCACUCCUGCCCCCCUCUCCCAUCACGGUCCAUCUGGAGGGGCCUUCUGCCUCUGGCCCCUGUGCCUUCCUUGCGCCACCCUGCAGCAGCGGCAGCAACAACAGCAGCAGCAGUGACACUAAACAGGGGCCUGAGGCAGCAGCAGGGGCGGUGCAGGAGCAGAUUGAAGAGGAGGACGAGGACAGCAGAGGGCGCAGCUCUCAUGCAGCGGCAGAGGAGGAAGGCCCCGCUGCCGCCCUGCCACCUCCCACGGCAAGGUCCCUGCAAACUCCCUUUGCGACUCACUCCCAUCUCCCGGACCCCACCUCCUGCGACUUGCCUGUACGGCAGUUCUUGGCACCAGCACCUGCAGGGCCUGUGCCACAGGAUAACUUAUCAUUGUCACCAUUGUCAUCAGCAUCACAAUCACCAUCCCCAUCCCCAUCAGCUCUAGUGCCAUCGUCACCUUCACUGCAGCUAUCAGCACGAUCAGCAGCAGCAGUGCACGCUCGAAUCACCUUGAUGCUCUCGCCCUGCCUCCUCCCCCUCCUCCCCUUGCCACCGCACACCUCCCCCGAUGGCUCUCCUGCGUUCGUGGCCGUGCUGGCUAUCAAAGGCUGCUGAUGACGCCCAUGCCCACACCUCCUUUCAGCACACUCUGGCCGCCGCCCCCCUACAUGCAGGAACAUCUUGGGGCUGCCCGACAGCAGCUGCGGGGGGUGGCUCUGCGUCUGGUGGUCUCUGGCUUGUUUGGUGCACCAGUCAGCUGAAGCAGCACGAUGUUCUGGAACUUCUUGCCUGCCGGCGGCCAUGACUCGCGCUAUUCUUUCCCGUGCUAUUCAUUCCUGUGCUAUGCUAUACUAAUAGGUUUUGGCAUUGCUGCUGGUUUGCAUUGGGAGAGUGUUAUGCUUCCUCUACCUCUCGACCAUUUAGUGUUUAUAGUACUGCAGGAUCUCUAUAACGAGCUUAUUCUUGGUUUC